AAAUUCGCAUUCUGUUUUGGUUUUGUGGAUUUGUGAAUCAAUUAGAGCAUUCUAAUGAUUUUAGAAUUAUGUGCAUUGUUUUUAGAAUUUUAUAAAUUGAUACAUAAAAAUUAAGAUUUGUUGCAGUAUACAUAAUAGGAAACAGGUACCUAGUCAUGAAUACAACUGCUCCAACUUCAGCUGAUGCAUGUCUCAGCAUUGUCCAUUCACUCAUGUGCCACAGGCAAGGUGGAGAGAGUGAAGGUUUUUCUAAACGUGCCAUAGAAUCACUUGUCAAGAAGCUAAAGGAAAAGCGAGAUGAACUAGAUUCUUUGAUAACAGCUAUUACAACAAAUGGCGCUCAUCCUAGCAAGUGUGUUACAAUACAGAGAACACUGGAUGGACGAUUACAGGUUGCUGGUCGGAAGGGAUUUCCUCAUGUUAUUUAUGCACGAAUAUGGCGCUGGCCAGACCUACACAAGAAUGAGCUCAAACAUGUAAAAUUCUGCCAAUUUGCUUUUGAUUUGAAAUGUGAUUCAGUAUGUGUCAAUCCUUAUCACUAUGAGAGGGUUGUUUCUCCUGGAAUUGAUUUAUCUAAUCUUACACUACAGUCUGGGCCCAGUAGGCUAGUCAAAGAUGAAUAUACAGCUGGUAUUGGUGGUAAUGGCAUGGAUAUGGAUACCGGAGAACUAGUCACCAUUCAACAUCAUGCAACAAGUCCAAGACAUCCACACUCAUCUAUACCACACCACCAUCAACAAUUCCAAACAACAAAUAUUAUUAUUAACCAAGGACAAUCAAUGUCAGUAAAUAUGUCCCCCGGUGGCACUACCCCACUCAUGGAUGGAGCUAAUAGUACGUUCUUUACAAAUGAACAGACAACGGCCGACACACAGUUAACACAAACAUUACCUGCGGGAUCUGUAGCAGUGUCGACGCAGACCUCCGUGGCAGUGACAGCUGUGGCCACACCGACCGAGCCUCAACAGAAUGGAUUCGUAGCGACCAGUCCGCCUUUGCAGAGCCCACUACCGCACACUCAACAUCAACAAGGAACGUGGACCGGCAACAACACGCUGACGUACACGCAGAGUCUGGCCCCGCCCCCUGCGGCGCCCGCAGUCUCCGUCGACGCACCCGCACAUCAUCAUCACUACUACAAUGGAAACCCGGGUGGGUUGUUAUCGAGCCAACCCGCGCCCGAAUACUGGUGUUCUGUUGCGUACUUUGAACUCGACACGCAAGUUGGAGAGACGUUCAAGGUGCCCUCUAGCCGACCCAAUGUUACUGUUGACGGCUAUGUGGAUCCUUCUGGCGGCAACAGAUUUUGUCUUGGAGCACUAAGCAAUGUGCACAGAACUGAACAGAGCGAACGGGCAAGACUUCACAUAGGCAAAGGGGUCCAGUUAGACCUGCGAGGGGAGGGCGAUGUAUGGCUCAGGUGUCUUUCAGACCACUCCGUGUUCGUGCAGUCAUAUUACCUGGAUCGCGAGGCGGGCAGAGCCCCCGGUGACGCCGUGCACAAGAUAUACCCCUCAGCUUGUAUUAAGGUGUUCGAUCUCCGGCAGUGUCACAGACAAAUGCAAACACAAGCAGCUACGGCACAGGCGGCGGCGGCAGCUCAGGCGGCGGCUGUAGCGGGACACAUACAACCAUCACAUCCCGGAAUGAAUAAAUGUUUGACUGCCGCCGCGGGUAUUGGCGUGGAUGAUCUUCGACGGUUGUGUAUAGUGAGGCUUUCUUUCGUCAAGGGCUGGGGCCCGGACUAUCCUCGGAGUUCCAUCAAAGAAACGCCGUGCUGGGUUGAAGUACACUUACAUAGAGCACUUCAACUUCUCGAUGAGGUAUUGCACACGAUGCCGAUUGACGGUCCUCGGACAAACAUCGAGUAGGAAUUGAUCGGCUUCUUUUGAGGCCUUCGAGCGACAGACCGACGCCACUCCCCACCACGAGUCCAAUGCUGCGCUCUUACCUUGUGUACAGUGAGAUGGAAAGUUCUUAUUUUUAACCGAAUAUUUAUACUUUGUGUUGGGAAAUAUUGAUUUGAUAGGAGUUUCAACUAUAUAUAUUAUUUUGAUUAUCAUUUAUUUAUAGCUUACUGUAAUUAAAUAUACUCAUAUUUAUGUGAGAGAUAAAAUAAAACACGCAUAUUCUUGCAAAUUCUUUCUGCUAAAUGUUUAUGUCGAUUGCAAUAGUGCACGUGUUUUAUACCGAGUACUCCCAUCACGUGUCAAUAAUCACAACACUAAGGGUAUGUUCCGAUAUGCACUGCGAGCACUGCACAGUGCUAUCACUGUAGAAAAAUUCGUUCCGUUAUGGAUUGCCAGUAUACUGCCGCAGUACCCUAGGGAAAUAUAUGACGUCAUAAAUCGCCGCCAUGUUCUACUGUGAGCACUGGCGUUUUCGAGUUAAGGUACUCGCAGUACUGUGGUCAGUUAAAACCACUCGAGUGCCUAACGUUUUGUAACAAUACUUAUAGUUUAAUCCCAAAAAUUUUUAAUUUGACAGUAACCAACAGUUUUUUUACCAAUAUAACUGGCUAUAAAGGAACGGCUUCACAGUAUACUAAAUUGACCUCACACUGUACAGUGGUCGCAGUGCAUAUCGGAACAUACCCUAAGUUAAUAAUAGUAUGUAUUCGACGGAAUAAAAAAUAUAAAGUGUUGCUUAGUGUGUGGAGAAACAAUAGUGGCCAAAAGACAAUAUUAUGUGCUCGUUUGUUGGGUGAGGUGUUGAAAUUUGAGGGUAUGUUAGGAAUAUAUUGGUGGUCUACAAAAUUUUUAUGUUUUAUUUUGGCACUGUCUUCCGAAAUUUCGUUUCGUCUUCCGAUGCGUUUUGUUAUUAUGGUAUGUGAAAAGUUUGGGUCGUUGAAAUGAGUUGGUUUAGAAAUGUUGGGUUUGUGUUAUGAUGAUGACCGACUAUUGAAUUCUUUAUACUUUUUUUUUAAAGUAAGAAUUAUUUUUAAGUAUUCUACAAUCUUUAUUAUUGUUUUGUUGACAUUUAUUUUAUUUAAAAAAACCCAGGAUGUGAGUGAAUUAACAUAACUGUAGUCGGUCAUCUGAUAUUUGACAAAUUGGGAACAAAUGUGGCACAUUUUUAAGGCGCUUCGCUCGUGUUAUUAUAAGGUGAACUAAAUUUAUGUCUUGUAUUAAUUAAGUUAGAGUAUGUAUGUAUGUACUCAUAGAUUUAUUUAACAGUAUUUUACCAGAACAAACUAAAUAAUAUUGACGGGAUCUCAGUAAGAUAGUGGUACUUUUAAAUGAGUUGUACUAUAAAAAAGAGAUAGAUAUAUACCAAUAUAUUUUGUUUACAGGACAAAUGCGUGUUACUAUUAAAUGGGAUGUAAUAUUUUGAUUUUAUUGAUCAUUUAUUAUAGAUAUACCUUUUAUAAUAGGGUAUUUGUCUAAAAUAAACUACAAAUAAGUCUGCUGUCAUGAUCAGUAUCGUGCCAAAAUUUGAAUAAUACAAUUUCCCAGUUCUUUAAAAUGUGUAUCCCGUAAUCUUGAUUUGUCUGAUAAAUAAGCAAUCUUAUUGUGACAGAUGGCAUGGGAUUAUAGGAUUUAUGUAGGGAGUAUCAACGAUAUAGAUCUUGCACAUAUUAAAAUUUGGAAUAAGUAAUAUUUUGAAAUACUUUGGAUUUCGAUUGUAUGGUGAAGGAACUACUAUUGUUCCGGCGUUCCGUUAGAAAAAAAGCAAGAAAUAACGAAAGAAAAAAAAAAUCAAAAUAUAUGGAAAAUAACUUACUUCCCACAUAAGCUCCCGACCAUGUAAACAAUAUAUAAAAAAGCUAUUUUGUUUGAAAUUAGUCGCUAUACAAUCGAAGUCGCAAAAGCCACAUUAUUGUCGUCUGAAAGUACACUUUAAAUUCUGGGGACUUAACCCUUUGCGUUCCAAAAUGUAGAUUUUCCUAAUUUUGAAAUGCGCGCGAAAUGCCGUUGAGUCGAUUGUCUUGAUGACGUAAUCCACAUGACCUCAUUCGAUUUCUGGUCUUAUUCUGUUAUGAGGAAUGUGCUAUUUCUCUAAUAAUAUAGGUAUAGCUUUAAACAGACAAAAUGGUGCUUGCCAUACUCCAUGUUGAGUGAUUGUUUCCGACACAGUUUUUUAUACCCAAUCGUGUACCACCGUCAUAACAAAAGUCGUCACAAUAGAGAACGUAAUAAUUAUAAAAUCCACUGUAAUUACACCACAAUGGGAAGUCAAAUGCCCUAAUAAGAAUGAUUUCUCAUACAGACCAACAUUUGACUGAGCUUAUAAAUAAAUAAGAUUAUUAAAGAAAUACAUUUUAUUAAAUAUUUUAUGUUUAAUAACUGGAGUAGUAUGACUCAUUUAAAAGUAAAUAGUAUAUUUGGAAAUGACGAACUGUCCAGACGUUGCUCAAGCAAUUAGGACAUAAUUGGUCUUAUAUUAUUAUUAUAUAUACGAAUAUUGUUUAGCAAUGAUACCAAAAUAAGGCAUUUUAUAUUAAAUAGAACUAACAAGACAUAAUUAUGGUUCAACUUGAAAGAAGCCAAAUUGAAUAUUUUAGGUGUAAGAUAAUGUUAAAUUAAAAUUACACAGUAAUUUAUGGUUAGAUAAGUUUGUGUUGUCUGGAAGUGAAUGUCGGAAUGGUGGAUUUUGUUAGCAAUAUGUGCCUGGAUUGUGGAUACUGGAUAUGCCAAUACAUGCAUAAAUAAUUAUAGAGUAGAUGUUUUCAGAAAUAUUUCUAUAUAUUGUCGUUGUUACACACUAAAGUGCGUAUAUAAUAGUAUGUAACUAGCUGAUCCGUGCGAAUAGUUCGCAUGCAAGAUUACCAAUUAACAAUAUACUAUGAACAGUUAAUAUUUUGAGUUUUUUUUUUUUAAAUGAUAGAGGUUUCCAUUUGUGCGCGCAUCACGUAAAAGCUACUGGAUAGAUAUCAAUUUUAAGUCUAGAAAAAAUUAAGGUAUUAAAGUUUUAAGAAACAACGAUUUUUAUAAGCACAACGUGCUCAGCAUGUGUGUGCACGGACAAAGUCGCGGGUAUCAGCUAGUUUAAAAUAUAUUUAAAUGAAAAAUAUCAUAGAGAAAAUGUAUUUUCAAGUUGAUUUAUUAUUUUAUGAAUGUAUUGAUGUGUCUGGUGCCACUGAAUUGUUUAAGAAACUGUGAUGCGCUGACAAAAUCGUGAGGUAGGAUUUAAUGAUCAUUUUCUUGUAACAAGGAAUUAAAUAUAAUGUGUAUAUAUAUUAGUGUUUGUAUGAGAGUGUUGUAUUUUUGUGUCUGAGACUUUUAUAUUAUAGAUAAUAAUAUUAAGAUAAUAAAUGUGUUAAUCAACAAAAGGAUAGACCGAUCUACAAAAUGCUGGGUAGGGCUUGACCGUAGAAGUUUAAACAAAUAAAAAAAAAUUGUUUCAAUGACUCAACCGCCUGAAAGUAAUCAUACGCGUCUGUUGACUAAUAUGGGACCGGUAUAAGGCAAUUUUCCCACUUCACUUUGUGGGUCUCAUGUUUUUAUUUUUAAAUAUAUUUCAUUACGUAGUAUGUGCGUACAGCUGAAUACCGAUCGGGUAAAGCCAGCUUGAAUAAAAAAAAAAACCCGUGCUCAUCUAUCUAUGGAUGACUUGGCUGUAUGGGCUUUUGACCCCUUUGCCUGUCCAGAUGGACGAACAGAACCAAAAAAAAAAAAAUAUCUAUGGAUGAAAAAUGCAACUGUUUCUGUCUUUAUAGCAACAAUGUUGUGACCUAACUAUUUGUUGAUUAAUCAUUACAGGUGUUAAAAAAUGUUUUUUUUUUUAUAUUACGUGUUUCGAGAUUUAUUCCCAUUGAUUGUAGUAGAAUUUUUAUUUCACGCGGAGCGUAAACAUAUUUUUCUUUGUAAUUUCGAAUGUAAAUUAUGAGCAUACUAGCGCUCCUGGCAUACGAAAGUCAUCUCGAAAACCCUUGGAUAAAAUAAAUAAUUUUUAAGUUUAUAGUAAAACGGGGCGUCGCUACUUCCCUUGUGAUUUGUACGCGAUUUCGAAUUUCGUAUUUGCACGUGCCACGAGCGUUGGUAGCUAAAUUAUCCAAUAGCCGCGUACUGAAUGAGGGAGCAGCCGUGCGAGUCAAAUCCUCGGUCGAUCAAAACGUUCCGUCUCGCCCGAGCGUGCCGCGGCCCGAAUAUUGUCGGUUUUUGUCCAUGCUCAAAAGCGUCUCGGUAUGUUUGCCUCGCAUGUUCGACGAACGACGAAAUCUUUUUACACGCUUUAUAUUUUCUCCUUUUUUUUUUGUAACCGACUCAUUUGGGCGCGAUUUUGACCCACUUUUAACGGCCAGAUUUCGUUCAAACUUAUUUAUCGAGGACCGAUGACAAUAAAUUAAUUUGAUAAAAUUAUUCCAUUUUUCAAUUUGCAAAUUAAGAUUUUUUUCAUCUUUCGUCGAUGAAAUUAAGGCAGGAAUUGAUGUUCAUUUUAAAUUUAAAUCAUUAUCUUUUUAACCAAAGCGUGUGUUUUAGUUUUUUUUUAAACUAUUUUUAUACUGGUUCUAAUAGUAAGGGGUUUUCUUAAUAUUCUGAACGCAGGACUUAUAAUGCCAAAGGCGAUCUCCACUACUCUUGCUCUGAAAGGCCUGUAAUUUCUUGUCAUUUUCUUUUUGUACCAGUGUACAAGACGUACAGUUAAUACAAAGGCAGUGGCUAUAGCUUUCUGAAUGUAUGGUCUCAUCCAAAACUGGCUUAUAAUAUAAGCCGCGUUAGUCACUUCGACGUCAAGUUAAGCUGAGAGCUUGAUGCUGCCUCAGCCUGACCGUGGCUCGUCCUUACCGUGCGUAUCCUCAUGCAAAAAAACCUAUAGACCGAGCCAGCCUCUCGCGGCAAACGUUACGUGUCAAACGUUACGCGGCAAACGUUACGCGUCAAACGUUACGCGUCAAACGUUACGCGGCAAAGGUUACGCCGCAAACGUCCCAGGCUUCCUGGCGAGGCUGCUCGCUUAGACAGUACCCGGCAAAUCACAAUUUAUUAUUUGCUCCGUACCGUCAACAAUGUUUCAAAUGGCUUUACUAUAUGUUUAAUUUUAUCUAUAGUUUUAUAACUGAUUUCGUAUUGUCGCCUUUAUGAUAAAGUUUGAUUUUAGUUUUUAUAUUUUAUGCACAGUUUAAUUUCAUCACAAACGUUGUAAUAUUAUUUAUUGGUCGCAUAUCUGGAGAGUGUUACCAAAAACAUUAUGUAAAUAAUACAUAUUAUAUUUAAUUAAUAAUGUAAGUGACAUUUUGAGGCAGAUUAUGAAUGUUUGUACUUAGAUUAUCGUUAAGAUGGCGGCUGAUCAGAGCCUUUCAAUGUAACUUAAUAAAUUUAACAUACAUUAGAAUAAAAAUGAGACUUAGAAUAAGAAUAAAUUUGUUUUAAAGCCAUCUUUUUAAAGAGAAAAUGAACUAAAACUGCUUGGCUUGUUAUUACUUUUCACUCAUACCCAGAGGCGGAAUAAAUGCCAACAUCUCAAAGCGAUCAUUAUUAUAAAUAAUGUUAAUAAUUAUUUUUUCAAAUGGUUUGUGCAACUUUUUAGUACUUAUAUCGUAGCUUUAUUAUACCAAAUUUCAUCACAAUCAUUGCAAUACAGUUCUGUAAUACGAUAUUGUGUAAGGUAACUUAUUAACGCAGUUUAUUUUAUGUCAAAUAUUUUUUUGGCCGUGGCUAAUUGGCCGUAGUUCCUGAAAAACGUUCCAAGCCACAAACAUCGCAUUUUAAGUUCGUGUUCGUGUUUAAAGUUUAAUAAAUAUUAGUGUGUUCCAUACAUGUGGGUUGGGCUACUAAGUCAUGAUGACAGUGAGAGUGACACUUUUUGUCAGUCCGUUAAUAUGAAUCACGUGACCAGUUUUGUGUUCUUAACACAAUUUUGACAUGAUUGUGGUUUGGAACGUUUUUCUGGAAUUACGUCCAAUUUGCCUUAGGUAUAAGCCGCCUCUACUCCUAAUUGUCACACACGCGGCAGUACUGCGUGCAACAAAUAUUGGUACCAAUUUAAUAACAGAAAAUCUUUUUAUUAAUCGAAAGUAACUAUUGUUUUUUUGCUAACCGUACUGCUGUAAUUUUAAGUACAAGACACAAUUUUAGAUUAUAACGCAAACUAGGUACAUAUAACGGUGAAAUGUUUGGUCAGUCGCCAUAAUGUAUAAAAUUAUAGACUUUCGGAAAUCGAGUGAAAUUUGACAAUGUAUCAAAAAUACCUCACACUGACGUUGUUUCUUAUAGUCUCUAAGUAUUAAGCAGCAAUUUUUAACGAUGUUGAUGUUUUUAAAUGAGAUAUUUGACAAAUUCUACAUGUACUAGCUGUUGUUAACGUCAUUUUUAAAAUUAAUGUCUCCGUAUAGGUUUCUAUUUCGGCCUGAUAAAUAUAUUCACGCGUAUUAACAUCUCUUACUUUAAAUGUGCAUCAUCAUUUUUUACUUUAAAUGUGCGUACCAUCGGUACUCUAAAUGGCUAUGCACAACGCUAGCAUAUUUUUUGUGACUAGACGUCGAGACAGCUUUGUAGAUAUUAAGGGGCAGAACAAAACAGUUGACCCACUAUGAGUAUAUAUUACACAUAUUAUGAUAAUGUUCUGAGCAGAUGAUUAAUGUAAGGUGGAUCAUCUGCUCGUCUAGUCACUUCAUAAACCAAGACUAAAUGAGUUUUGAGCUCAAACAGUACCUACAAAUUUACACCCCAAUAAAAGUAUUUUUCUGCAUUUUUAUGAAUAAACUUUCAUAAAAAUCAAAAUAAGUUAAAUAUAUUUUCAAGAAAUUGGUAAAAAUUGUAUUCUGGUCGUUCCUUUUUAUAUAAAAUGUCUUUUGUUCUAUUUUAUUUUAAUAUUUAUUAAAUUUUUCGCGUCACGAAGUGUAUUCUUAUAUGUUUACUAUCUAUAUUGACAUGUUCUCCUUUACAGUCGCGUCCAGGCUGCGUGUGCAGUUUGAUUUUAAAAUUUAGCGCUGUAUUUAUAUUAUAUAUUUAUAUAUAUGUUAUAGCGAUAGAAAUCCUCCACAAUACUUAGGUAUUCUAGCCAACGUUCCUGGUAUAUGGGGACAAUUUCUGAAGGUCCGUAUGUCAAAGAUAUGUAUUGAUUGAAACCAGAAAAUAAGGGAAAUGCAGUAACGAAGAAUAUUCAACAAUAUUUUUGUCUUCGAUCAUUUAUACGUCUAGAUAGACAAAAAAUUGAGGUUGACUGUUAACCUCUAUAUUGAGCAAUGCACGCACACUAACAUAAAGUGUACAAAUCGCGAGUGUAAGACAUAGCUUGUCACGCACAUUAUAGUAAUAAACCUGACCUGUUUUCAUCAUUUGUCUAGCAGCAAGAGGCCUAUUUAGACGUAUAAAUUAUUUAAGAUUUUUAUUUAAUUAAUGCGAUUACAAACUUAGCGAAAAACAAAUUUCGUUACGAGACACAGACUACAAAUUAUUGCCAAACAAAAAUAUUAGAUGUCAUUUUUUUUUUAAUUAUGUAAACCGCUUUGGAAACAAGCCUUGAAGAUAAACAUGGAAGAGUUAUACAUUUUCAAAAUGUAAUGAAUUAAGGUAGGGCUGUGCUAUCUAUGCAGCAAUAAGUUGUUGGUUUUAUGCCUGAAUUCUUUCAUACAUUGCCUCUAAGUUGCCACGAACGUUGGCAAGCUUGCCAGACUACAGUGUCUACGAUUAAAAAUUUCUCACAAAUAUCUGUUGCAUGUGUCAUUAAAUUAUUGUCAUUAUAGAUAAUAAUAUAUUAUUAUUAAUUCAGAUCAAUAAUAUAUUAGAUUAGUAUUGAAUGUAUACAAAUGACAAAUGUGUAAGUACAAGAUUAGUGUUAGUGAUUUGCAAUUUUUAUUUUUUUUUAAUAGCAAUUGUCUUGAUUAGCCGUAAAAGGUCUAACGAUCUCAUUCUUAAUUCAGCCUUAUAUAUUUGAUACCUUAGUAUACUUAAUAUCUUAAUAAAAUCAAAUUUCUUUAAACAUCUUGACAUUUAUACAAUUGCAGCAAGCAUUUCUCUGCGGAUCUCCCUAUAAACAGACACGUGUCAAAAUUGCCUUGCAAUCACAAUUCUGUAUCGGGUUCGACGAUGCGGGAGUUGAUCGAUUAUUUAAAUUCAUUGCUUGUUCUAAUAAAGUAUGAGCUAUAAUAUUGCAACUAAAAUCGCCAAUGUAAUAUGAACUAUGUUGUAAUUACUGCAGGAUUCAUAAUCUUAAUAAUAAUGCUAUGUCGGAUUCGUUUUCAAUGAAAGAAACAUUUGACACACAAAGUAAAUACAGUCGGGUCAAAGUCAAAGUCAAACAAACUCUAAUCAAUUAGCCUUAAACUAAGCGCUUUUGAAUCGUCACUACAAAUAUUUCUUUUAAGUUACUAAAUUUCCAUAUGUUGGUAAAAAGUUGAGCUCGUGAGAAGAAUAUAUAAGAACCUCAAAAGCCACUCUUUUCAAUCAAACAGAGUAUUCUUAAAUGGCUGUAAUAUACAUAAUAAAUUAGUUUGUAAGGUGUUGCAUCCAAUAUAUGAGUCAUGUUUAAAUAAUAUAAAUUAUUUCAUAAAAUGUAAUAAAUAUUGUAUAAAUAUGAAUUAUCAUAUAAUGGAUGCAGAUCAACCUUUAGAGCUUUAUUUAUUGUGCCUUGGAAGCGUGGGCGGUGGUAAUCAAUACAGGUAGCACGGUGACUUUGUCCUCAUAAACUAUAAAACAACGAAACUUUCGAUGGAGUGGCUGUCUCGUUCAAUCUAAUUUGCCCAAAAGAAGAGAGUACAGUAAGGGUGCCUGUGGGUGUACUUCCGGACAACUUAAUCGUAAAUUAUUGCAAGGCAUCUUUGAAAUGUGUCUGUUAUCUAUUUGUUUAAUAAUGGUCGCGUUAAUACAGAGAGGUCCAUCAAAGAACCUGAACGCGUUUUUUCGCGUUUUUCUUUCGUCGUGAUAUUGUUGCCACAAUGCAUUGUAUCUUAAAACAGUUUAAUCUUGAACUUUAACAGCAGAUAAGACUGCGAGUAGACGGAGUCGCGGGUUAAUGCUAGUAUAUAACUUCUUUUUAUGUUUACUGAUGUUUUCCGCACGUGGCGUAAAGUAGCCUUAAGCGUAUUUAGUGUAAGAGUGAAAUUUAAAAGAAAUGAAUAUAAAGGUUAUUCCUCUAA